AUGGCUAACGUUUUUCUCAUCAGUAGCAGAAACAGAAGAUCGAUACUUACAACAACAGAUUCUAAAUCCAAGAACCUUAAGGUGAUGAAGAGAUUAGAGUCUUCUUCAGACAACAGUAGUUACUCAUGCAAGAAACAUCCUAAGCACAGACAAUCUCCUGGAAUCUGUUCCCUCUGUCUCAACGAGAGUCUCUCCAAGUUGUCUCUCGAUUUCUACGAAUAUAGUUCAAGCAUGAGCUCGUCUUCUUCUAAAAACGUGGCUAAAACGGUGUCAUCUUGCUCUUCAGCUUCUUCAGAAUCAGAAGCAGAAUCUGACACGGAGAUCUCUUCUUAUUACUCUUCUGUCUCUUCUUGUUUGUCUCCUCUGCAACAACGAUACAGUGAGAUCGUCGUUAAUAAGAAAAAGAAGAAGCAUCCGAAGAAACAAAAUUUUCUCUCCAGAUUAUUUCUGUAA